AUGGCAAAAGACACUCGCUCCACGGGAGCAGGUAACCAAGCCAAUCAGGUCAACCUCAACACUCCGAUACCCAUUCGUGGUACUCAAUUGAACCAAAUUGACAGAGCAGCAUCCGCGGCCAUCGAUUCGGCUUCGAACCCCCAAGCCAGCUUUGAAGAUUCUUACCGUAGUUUCACACCAAAUGCUCAGAAAAGGGCUCCCAGGGCCAGUGCUAGAAGAGCAUCUUAUAGCACCAUUGAAACCAGCCGGGAGUCUCAUUAUAAUUUGGACUAUGUUGCUGACAGAGACGAGCUCGACAGAUUGCAAUUGGACCCCAAUUCCAGAUUCUACGCCCGUAGUCGCCCACGAACUUUGAACCUCCCUCGGCUUCUUCCAUACGAAGUGGAAAACCCCCAAAACCAGGCCAAGUUUCUCAGUCAUAUUGUGUCUCAUUUGUACAUCGCUAUUAAGACGUUGGACAUCCAGGGAAGUUUGUCGGUGAGUGCUCGGGAUUUGGCGCUGCUCCGAGACGUUAGUGGGUUCUCGGACAUCGACAUUGCUCUUGAGACCAAUCUUUUCGAAUCUGGAGGACCCGAAAAGGGCACCGAAGCCGACCAUGAAGAGGACAAUACUUACUUCCAAGAUGAUAUCGAUUCCGCAAGCGAAAGCCUUGACGAGGAAGACGAAGACGACGAAUACGAUAACGAAAACGACGACGCUAAGGACCAUGAAAAUACCGUACAGCACAAAAAAUCGCCCAAGUCAGCGGCCGUCGUUGGCGUUCGCAUAUGGACCCAGGAACUUCUUGUGUGGCUCAAAAUGAAGUAUGAGAUGCCGGUGUCUCUCAGAAUGAACUUGGCUCGUGUUUACUACGCAGUUUGCUUAUCGAGGGGACAGCAUAUCAGCCUUAAAAUCUACGUUCGAACAUUCGAGUUGUUGACGAAAGAUAUCCAAUUCUUGCGAUCCCAGCAGUUCUCCUUACCAUGGGAAGACAUGUACAACGAGCUCGCCCACCAUUUUCCCUCCGUUGAUUCUUCGCAAGAGCGUUUUGAGAAGAAAGAUCACAAGCAACUCCUUAGGUUGGCUGAACGAGCAUCAAAUUUCUUUGACCCAUCUUCCCUCCCUAUAAUUUUCCAAAAGUUGGGAUCACACUUUUCAAUGCCGAACAUUUCACUUGUACUUUCCGCCACGGCUUUGCUCCCUCUUAAUUUCACUGACAAAGUUGAAGAUGACCGUGACAUUCGCCAUUACUUAUCACUGUUGUUUUAUAUCUGGAUCAAGAUGAACAAGAGUCCUGGCGUGGAUGCCCACAUGACAACGAGACUUGGGGCUAUAGCCAUGGAACACUACAUCGUCAUAACCAAUGGCAAAAGCGUACUCAAUCCUGGCAAGGUGUUCAGUGAUGACCAGAUUAGAACUAUCUUCAACAUACUUCUCAACAGUCUCAGCAUCAGAAAGGAAAAGUACUCCUCUGCAAAGACAAAGUUUUUUCAUGGGUUUGCAUCGGCAAUCAUUUUCAGCAUCAACGGCGACGCAGCUCUAGAGAGAGGUGGUAUCUUUGAACAGCUUGAAAGUCUUGGUAAUGCAAUUGAAAGUUACGUCCAUCCUUCCAACAGUGGCGAAUGGUCUCGUUCAAUUUCUAAGACUAUUUUGGCCCUCGUAUACCAAUUUCAAAAGCGAGUCAAUUUAGAAAAUGAGAAGGACGCUUUGCUCUACAACUUGCCCCAGCACAUGAAACUCACUCAGAAAAUGAAAGACACGAUGAUCGAUAUAUUUCUUCCCAAAAUUCGAAUUGGAUUACAGUCCAAAAAACCUAAUGUUACUGAUGACUAUCUUGCUGCAUUAUCCCUUAUUGCUCAACUAAACCCUCCCAAGGUGUUGGAGUUUGUUCUAUUAGACAUCUAUGAAUCGUUGGAAGGUACAUUAUCUACUCAUAGAGUAGUUGUUGCGCUUCGCAGUUUGGAAGAGCUUGCAAGAUACUUUGCCUCAACACCAAUUUUUCGAGUUCACGUUGCUAGAUUGUUACUGCUUGCACUUCCCGGAAUCGACUCAAAUGACCUAGAGAAGACGUUGCUCACAUUAAAUGUGUUUGCUAGCUUUGCAAAUUAUGUUCCCUUCUAUGACCUCUCGAAUGGAGAGGGCGAUCCUACGAUGGCCUUUGAAUUCACCCAGCAGCAUUUGGAGACACUUCAGCAGAGAAUAUACCAAGAAACAGAAUUUGAAACCUUUCAAGUUGACGACGAUUUAGAGCGCAAUGCAUUGGUGUCUUCAUCAUCUAGUUUCAAGCUGCUCCUCAAGUCACUCAAUCAACGUGUUUUCAUUCUUCUUGAGAAUGUGCCAGACCCAUCGAAGAGUACGGGACUUGAACAGGCCCUAGAGAGUUCUUUGCCAAAGUUUAUGUACGUUCUCUUGGAGGCCAUAUCGGACGAUAUCUUGAAAAGUUUUAGAGAUGACUUUUUUACGUUUGCACUUGAGAACACUAUUGAAGGUAUCGGUGAUAUAGUGGCUGAAAUCUGCGGAGGAAUAAUCAAGAGAGAUCCCACUGCAUUUGAACACUUUUGCAUAGAGUUGAUUGAAAAGAUUAGGAACGAAGUGGAUGACAAUGGUGCAGGCUCUACGCGGACUGGGUUUGAUGUUUUACCAAGAGACCAGGUUUUAUUCUGGAAUUUGUUGAUUUUAAACGAGUGCAUAGGCAAUGCUGGCAGUCAAGUACUCAAAUGUCAGACUGAGCUCAAUGACCUCUCCUUCUACUUGAUGGAACGCAUCAAAGGUCCGACCGUUUUUGCGAGCUCAUAUCUCUUAAACCAACUCUUACAGGCUACAACCAAGAUACGGUUGAAUGAGCAGCGACUCAUCUCACCAAAAUACCAGGAGGAACAUGGGAUGUCAGAGAGUUGUUGGGGUGGCUUUCUGACGGAAAACUCCCGCUUCCUGAAGGAAAACUUGACCUUUGACUGGUUUAUCCCGGGCGAGAAAGAGAUAACUUUUGCAAUAGACACUUUCAGCUCACAUGUGAGCCACGUUUUGGAAAAAGUACUGGAAUUAAUGAGAGAAAACACCACAUCUUCACAGGUUCAUAGUCUGCUGUUGCAAAUGUCAGACAAAUUGACCACUUGCUUCUUAUACUUGAGCUACUCUUUAAGUGGAAUCUCGUUUUUAUUGGACCCAUCGUUUGAUGAAGAUAUACCACAGCUUGGCCAGCUGCUGUAUCAAUCGGUUCAACAAAGAUUAUACUUGUUAAAACAAAUCAGAGGUGUUGGACUGGGAAAAAACAAGGAGGGGGAGCUUCGAAUUGAUAACCUCCAUGAAAAUUUAGAGCGAAUUGUGCAAGACUUGGACAGCGACGACAGCAUCAAUUAUCUCAUGGACGUCGACAAAAUGAGUGACUUUUUAAUGAUUGAUGCCGAAGAACCCAAGGAAAAAGAGGAAGACACACCAGAAUCUAAAACUGCUAUUCUUUCGUUUGACGAGCGGUCAGGAGUAAAGUCACACUCAACAAGUCCUGCUCCGCCAGACGAAUCGGCCCGGGCGACUCCAACUAUUGAGGGUAUGAAUAUGUCUAGCAUGAAUCCCUCCUUGACAUUCAGAGAGCGAAAGUUGUAUACCUCCAAAUAUUACUUUGGGGACGACAUUGAAACCCGGCGAGCCAACCCAUCAUACUUGAAGUUGCAUAAAAUCAGAAUUUUAAUUGGACGGGCCUUGCAUGUCAUAGGAAAGUUUUUGAAUCUGAACUUUACUGACAACACCCAGCUAUUCAAGCACUACUUAUUUGCAGUGAAUAUGUGGUUCUCGGAUUUGGGUCGGGAAAGGAAACUCGACAGCAGUGAGGCAUGUGUGAGUUACGGCUACUUCAAAACUCUCCAGAACGUCAAUAGAGUGAGAAAACCAUUCACAAGAAUGGCGUUUGGAAGUCGAAUCGAGUCAUACCACCACUUACGGGUCGCCUUACAUGCAACUUCAAGAACUCAAACGGACCUCGACAAAGUUUUGUUGGAAGAUGUGAUCAAAUUGGCAGUAUCCACUUAUUCAUCAAUUGCAAAGCCAGCACAAGCCACGCUCGUUGAUGCCAUGGGUAGACUCAACGGCUCCUACAACGUUUUAGUUCGCUCAAUUUUCAAGCAUUUGGAAAAUGCUCUCCACAAAAAGGACUACAAGAAAGUAGAAAGUGCCUUGAGAGUCUUUGCCAUCAAAAGAAUAAAAACCAGAAUUCAAAACGAUUACUACAACCUUCAAAAAUUUGUUUCCGUAUUACUUGCCCUGUUGGAGGUAGGUAAUCUAGAGGUUAAUUCAAUUGCCCAAAAGCUAUAUCAGGGAAUUCACGAGGGUAUAUCUCUCCCGAGCAGUGUUUGCUUAAUUGACUUGGAGCAAAUCGAUACAAUUAGACCACCAGAUCAGUUCAUUGACUUGGAAAUCAAGGCAGUAUGUCUUGCCAAAGAACGGAAACGGAAAUCCUAUUUUGAACGUUUAAAGAGCCUCGAGAAUUUCGUGAUAGCCAGCGAGAAAACUACAACCCACUGGAAAGUGUCAUCAUUGAAUUUGCAUUUAUUAGUGGAUUUACAAUCUGACCUGGAAAUGGAAAUUAAUAAGGAUGCGCUCCAAAUUUUAUGGGAAAGAAGCGCAAGUGAUCACCCUAUUACAUCGCGCUUAUCACUACGGGGAAUAACAAAGAUUGUCACAAAGUUGAAUGUCAUGGCACUGCUAGAUCACAAGCUUAUGAAUGGUUAUGACUUUGAUUACUUACCCCCGGAUUUCAAAAUUAUCCCUACCACCUCACCAGUGGGGCAAUCUUACAGUUCAACCUGGCAUAAUGAGAUGAAAGAGCGUGAACAUCCAUCCUACUUUAUUGAUCACAAAGCAAACACGGGUUGGCUCUUCUGGGGAGACUCUAUGGUAGCUGUUUCGAAUAAAGCAAGCUACUCCAUGAAUCUUUCCAAAUCGGAAGAUGAAGCUCUCCGAGAACUAGGCAGCCGAAUGACGAGAGACUGGUUCUUGAAUAUAGUAAACCUAUGGAUCUCAGAUAAUGAAGCAAAUUUUGCAUUUCAGGGCAGCGAUGUGUUUGUGACAACGACCAUUACCCAUCUUAUAUCAUGUGGCUACACCAAAAACUUUACUUUUGACGAAUUGUUGUCCCUAGUAGAGCAGAUUUAUGUUGGAGAUGAAAAGAGCACACACAUUGUUACCUGUGAACUAAUCGCAGGGAUCUUAGUGUGUUCAAAAACUUUGCACCCAGCAUUAUGUGAGAAGCGUGACAAGCAUAUCUCCGAGCUUUUGACCAACAUAUUGGACAAUGAUUUGUCUCCUGAUACUCGAGGAAUAUGGAACAUUUUUUCCUGGUGGAUUCCGGCUCACAUUGAUUGCAGAAGAUUCCCGCUCAUCAAUGAUGUGAUUGUCAAAUUUAAAGUUCAACCAGACUCCGCCUCUGCUUUGAAGGAAGCAACUAGACUCAGUUAUAUCAGGUCACAUAUAGCAGCUGUUACAUGGGGCUUUGGUAUGAGUGAGGAAAUAUUCAGCGCCAGCCUCGAUAACCUUACGAACAAAUACCGGGCAAUCAGAGACCAAACAGGCUCUAUAUUAGCAGUAUUAUCCUUUGGUUCAUUUGCCGACUCAAUCGGAUCAUCAACAGAGUUCAUUGAGCUUUGCAACAAGGAGGGUCCCAAAUAUUUACUUGAGCGGUUGAAGAACAAUGUAAUGUUUGAGCGUAUUCCAAAACUAUUCAAAGAAGUGGGAGAAAUGAAACAAGAGGUACGUGGUCAAGGAACACAAGUCAUCUUGAAGUCGCCUUACAUUGCCGCUGCUACUACUUUGUUAACCUGGUUGGGACAAGUCUUGAACACCAGCGUAGCAGCACUUUACCAAGAGUUCAUCGAUACUUAUAUCAUGCCUUUCUUGUUGGAUUUGAUUAACAUGAAAGAGGUGUGUCAAUUGGGCGAUAUUGAUCCAAUAUCUGUCUUCAAACACGCUUCCCAGAUUCAAUACCUUCCCCACAUGCUUGAACGGAUUGUCAAGGCUAUUGAGUUGUACGCCAAGGAAGAUUUGAAUGCAGUUCAGUGCUUUAUUAUGGGCGAGUUCACAGAGACAUUUUUCUUCAAAAAUCUUUUCGAGCUUUCUCCGUCGCAGAGAUAUAGAAUCAUUGCCGUGACAAGUGAAUUGCUCUAUCACAAAAACGUCGAGGUCCGAGAAUCUGAAGCAUCAACUUUUGCUGGACUUAUCCAUCUUUCUCCACCGAAGGAGGUUGAUGAGAUAGUUAAGAGCUCAUGCGCAAAAUACGAAAAGGAGCUUGAUGAUGUUAGGAAAAAGCAUAGAAAGUCAGGAUACAAGCAAAUGACAACAGAAGAGACGGUAGCUAUUCAUGGUGCGUGCCUAGGCUUGGGCGCACUAGUUCACGCUUUCCUGUUUCAAUCACCUCCACCUCCUUGGGUGCCAAAGGUCUUGUCAAUUCUUGCUAAUAAGGCUUCUGGAAUUCCUGGGGUUGUUGGUAAAACAUCCAGAGACACCUUGGGACGAUUUAAGAAGACAAGACAAGAUACUUGGCAUGUUGACAGUAAGGUUUUCAACGAGGAUCAGAUCCAAGAUCUUGAAGGUGUUCUUUGGCGAAGUUAUUAUAUCUGA